AUGACGGUCCCCACCCUCGUCGCCGCCCUAAACACAGGCCUCAAAGUCUCCUCGGAAACGGCAACCUUCCUGGCCAACGCCGGGCUCGCCAUCGCGAAGAAUCCCGCCAGCGGCGCCUUCGACCUCGACGAGAUGAAUGUGCAUAAUGGGUUUGAGCACGAUGCUAGCUUGUCGCGUAGAGAUUACGAUCUCGGUGGCGAGGCCCAGGCUUUCUCGUGGGAGGUGUUUAACGAGACGGUGUCGUAUUAUAGUAGUAAAGGCGGGAUUACAGUCAAGGAUGUUGCUGAUGCGCGGUGGGGCAGAGUGAAGAGCUCCCGAGCUCAGAAUCCAAAGUUCUCACUCGAUGCUAAACACAGAUUUAUCUCGUAUAUCGAGUCGGCGGCAUACCAUGCCAUCUUUCGCGAUCCCCAGACGCGUCUGGCGCCGUUGGAAUGGAUUGUGGUUUGGUUUAGUCAGGAACGUUUACCGUACCGGGAGGGUUGGCGUCCGGUUAACGACAUCACGGGGAUUACGAUUGCGGCUGAUGUGCUGCAGAUGGCGUUGCUUGCGCCUGAGGAUGGGGAGUAG